AUGCCGUACGAGCAUUCAUCUUUCUGGCAGAAGCCCAGAAAAAAAGCAGUGGAAAGCUCUAGUAACAGUGACAGUGAUUCGGGCUCCUCUUCAGACACCUCAAGUGAAGGCAUAAGUACUAGUGACUCCGAUGAUCUAGAGGAGGAUGAAGAGGAGGAGGAAGAGCAGAGUGCUGAAGAGAGUGAAGAUGACGAAUCUGAUUCUGAAAAUGAAGCACAUCUCAAAACCAAGAACAAGGUGCUAAUGCAUACUGGCAUAACAGAUACGAAAACUGAUGGACAAAAACCACAUGAAAAGUCCCAAGAAACAAGAACACACCAGCAGAUACCUCUUGUGUCUGAUUCCCAGACUCACUCAUCAUUCCAGUCCCAGCAGAAGCAGCCUCAGGUUUUGUCACAGCAGCUUCCAUUUAUUUUCCAAAGCUCUCAGGCAAAGGAGGAAUCUGUGAACAAACACACCAGUGUAAUACAGUCCACGGGAUUGGUUCCCAAUGUGAAACCUUUGUCUUUGGUACAUCAAGCCAAAAAGGAAACCUAUUUAAAACUCAUAGUUCCUUCCCCUGAUCUACUCAAAGCAGGGAAUAAAAAUACCUCUGAAGAAUCUCUCUCUUUGACCAGCGAUGUAAGAUCAAAACGGGAACAAUAUAAACAGACAUUCCCAGCGACACAGCUAAAGAAACAGGAAUCAUCUAAGAACCUGAAGAAGGUUAUUGCAGCUUUGUCAAGCCCCAAAUCAGCAUCUAGUUCACCAGCUCAUCGAAAACUCACAUCCUUGGAAAACAACCAUUCUAAUCCAUUCCUGACAAAUGCACUUUUAGGUAAUCACCAACCCAAUGGAGUUAUUCAGAGCGUCAUCCAGGAGGCUCCUCUUGCACUUACUACGAAACUGAAAUCCCAGACCAAGAUCAAUGAAAGCGUAGCCAUUUCUAGUAGUGCCCCCUUUUCUUUGCCAGUAAACUUGAGUGCAUGUGGGAAAAAACCAGCCGGUAACCGGACGCCUGUUAUGCCCUCUACCUCUCCUGCGUUACCUGGUUCAGGAAAGGAUAAAACAGUCAGCAAUAAUGCAGUAAAUGCAGUAAAAACACAACACCGCCUUCAUUCUGCAAAACUGGUGGUGGAGCAGUUCAGAGGGGUAGACUCAGAUGCCCCCAGCAGUAAGGACUCUGACGACUCAAAUGAUGAUGACGACGAUGAUGAAGAUGAAGAUGAGGAUGAUGAAGAUGAUGAUUCUGAUGAUAGCCAAUCAGAGUCUGACAGUAAUUCUGAGUCAGAUACAGAAGGGUCUGAGGAUGAAGAUGAUGAGGAUGAUAAAGAUCAAGAUGAAUCGGAUACAGACACUGAGGGAGAAAAAACUCCACUGAAACUGAAUAAAACUUCAUCCUCUGCGAAGAGCUCUUCCAUUGGUCUUGCAGCUCAUUCCACCCUUCUUAAUCUCCAAGUAGCAAAGACCCCAAGCUCUGCACCAGCUGCCUUAUGUCCCGAGUCCCAGUCUGCGGUUUUUCUUGGGACAGCACCAUCUACUCUUGCACCAAGUACACACUGUGGUAUUUCAAAAAGACGAAGAGUAACAGAUGAACGGGAGCUGCGUGUUCCUCUCGAAUACGGCUGGCAAAGAGAAACCCGAAUAAGAAACUUUGGGGGUCGUCUGCAAGGAGAAGUAGCAUAUUUUGCACCGUGUGGAAAGAAGCUGAGACAGUAUCCUGAAGUAGUAAAGGGUGUACAGUGGUGUCUUCUGAAGGAAGAGGAAGUCAUUCCCUGUAUCAGAGCUAUGGAAGGGCGUAGAGGACGACCACCAAAUCCAGACAGACAGCACUCUAGAGAGGAGUCAAGAAUGAGACGACGGAAAGGCCGACCUCCGAAUGUUGGUACCACUGAAUUUCUAGACAACACCGACGCAAAGCUUUUAAGAAAGCUCCAGGCUCAAGAAAUAGCUAGGCAAGCAGCCCAAAUAAAGCUACUGCGAAAACUCCAGAAGCAGGAACAAGCUCGAGCUGCCAAAGAAGCAAAAAAACAGCAAGCUAUUAUGGCAGCCGAAGAAAAGCGAAAGCAGAAGGAGCAGAUAAAGAUAAUGAAGCAGCAGGAGAAAAUUAAGCGAAUCCAGCAAAUCAGAAUGGAGAAGGAACUUCGAGCUCAGCAAAUUUUAGAGGUAAAAAUAAUGGCUCAAAUAAAAUUUUUGUGUUGUGAUUUUAAAGAGUGUUGUAUUUUAAUGGUUAG